AGAACUUUGAAGUUACGGUUACCUGUGAGACGAGUUCCGCCCUACCAUGAAAGUCUUGACCGCACUCUCUGUUCAUAUUCUUUUCGUGUUACUCGUAUCAGCACAUAGCGGCCAUGAAGACUCAGAAGAGACCGCUAAUGCAGGCUACGCCAUUCGACAUAUGGCUACAGAACACCAUAUUGACUCCUUCGACACGGAGAGUUUCUUCCAGCUUCAUGAUCUGAACAGAGAUGGUGUAUGGGACAGGGAAGAAAUUGAGGCAAUAUACGGCGUCCAUCAUGCGUACUCACAGAAAAAGUCGAAGGACGACAUUGAACAUCAGAGGAAGGCUGAUCACGUUGCAGAUACUGUACUCAAGCUCGUGGACAAGGACGGUGACGGCAAGGUCACGUCAGAGGAGUUUGCUGCUGUUGGGACAAGUGGCCUGCCGAGUUUUGACGACAUAGGCGCAGAGGGACACCAUUACGACGUAGAAAGCGAGUUUUUCUUACAUCACGAAGAACAAUAUCACUCGACGCCUGAGACGCAAACCGAUGAAUCAUACAUCCACUCCGAAGACGUCGAACACUUUGCACAGCACGCAGCUAUUGAACGUGAAGAAGCAGAACGAGAGGCCAAAUUUCAAGGAAUCACUGUUGAGGAAGCCAUUCGGGCACAUGAAGAGCCUCCCGCAGCUCGUGCACCCCUCGCUGAGAGCGCGCCACCGCCCAAAAUCACUCGCGGAGUCCCGCCAGAGAAGCAGGAUCCAGUGGUCAAGUAUAAAGAUAUUGGCAAGGAGAGUAACAGCCAGGCAGAAUGGGGGACCGGAGAACAAGGCUACAAGCAACCUAACACGCCGGUAGAGAAAAUGAGGAAGAACCUCCCAUACAAGGAACGUGUGCAGUAUAAAUUCCGACGGAAUUGGGGAGAUUUCUAA